UGUCAUUCUUGUAGGAAGGUAAUCAUUUCUUAAAUAUUAUUUAAUCAAACCUUUUUCUUUUUUGGGUAAAAUCUGGUCUUUUGAAAAUACGAAAUAGCAUUGUGAUUAUGAGACUUCUGGACAUCAUGUAAGAGUUAAGGUUCAAUAACAAAAAUGGAAACCGGUUUACGGUUGCCAUCUUUUACUCUUGCCGCCUAAGACUUGAAUAAAAACCACCACGAUAUACUUUUAUCAUUACUUUUUAAAAUAAAGGACAUUCUCAUGCAAAGAAGUGGAAAGGAUACCAUCUUAUAGGAGAAUCCUAUAAAUUGAGUAAAUACAUCUUUAGGAAAAAUGUAGUUCGUCUUUAUUUUUCUCAGUCUGUGGUGUUAUAAAACUUUUUCAACUGAUCAUGGUCUCAAGAGUGAGUUUUCAACUCUGAGCUAGAUAUAGGAACACCACUUAUUAGCUAGGUGACUUUGGGUUAGUUUUUACUUUCUCUGAGCCUUUGUUUGCUCAGCUAGAAGAAAUGAAUAAUAAUGUAUACUAUUACAGGAUUAUUGUAAGAAUUAAAUGAGGUAACAUGUAAGUUUCUCACAUUGUAGGCUCAUAUCGUCUUCCUUAUAUUCAGCCCUGCAUAAUCUAUUUCUCACUAUCACACAUUUGCUCUGUAAUUACAUAUUUGUGUGUAUGUUUCUGUAAUUUCAAAGUGAGUCAAGUCUAGAGUGGUACUAUUUUAACCCUAUCAUAACAUGACUAUAGGAAUCACUUUGGUAUGAUUUAUAAGGUGGGCGAGGGAGGUUGUUUUGCCCUGAAAACAUCUGCAAAUGCUGGCAUAUGGAACUGAGCAAAAGAUGUGCAAUAGAGAUUGAAUUUAUAUUCUUUCUGAAGACUGUUAGGAUUUGUUCUUGUGAUGAUCAGAUUGUCAGUUCAGUUUACUGUAUUUCACACAGAGUAGCCCCAAUUAGGGUUCCAGAAAUGCUUAUAAAUUUGUCUCCUGUGGUAUUAAUGUGAUGAUGUUGGAUUCUUCAUCACUGAAGUCAGCUAUUCAGGUAAAACUAUUUGGUAAGAUCAGAUACCUAAGCAAUAUAUAGUCACUAAGUCACUUAUAAAUAAAACUUGGGGCCGAGCACGGUGGCUCACACCUGUAAUCCCAGCACUUUGGGAGGCCAAGGUGGGUGGAUCCCCUGAGGUCAGGAGUUUGAGAUCAGCCUAACCAAUAUGGUGAAACCCCAUCUGUACUCAAAAUGCAAAAAUCAGCUGGGCGUGGUGGCAGGCUCUUGUAAUCCAUCCCAGCUACUCAGGAGGCUGAGGUGGAGAAUCACUUGAAUCCAGGUGGUGAAGGUUGCAGUGAGCCAAGAUCACACCAUUGCACUCCACCUUGGGCGACAAGAACAAGACUCCGUCUCAGGGAAAAAAAAAAAAAAAAAAAAAAAAAACUGGUUUCCCCCCAUUUUAUAGGUAUGCUAAAGAGGAAAAAAAUAGAAUGCCUAACAUGUUACUACUUAUGUACAAAUUGUAUGACUCAUUAUAUGAUAAAUGUUUCCAGAUGGUAUUUAUUUUAUGGUACUUAGACUUUCUAACCUUUAUAAUGAUUACUAUAUAUACAUUUCCUUUUCCUACUAGAUUAUAAACUCCUUGAAAGCAGGAUUCGUGUUUAGUUUAUCUUUUCAUAAAACUUAGCUAUGUGUAUUGAUUUAUGCAUAUGCAUUUAGUAAAUAUAGCUUGAUUAGUUAAAUAAAUCUUCAUCUGUAGUAAUUUCUAUUUUGACUUCUGCUGUUAUCAAUUGUCUCUUCAAAGUUUGAUGAGAUAGGAGUGAUGGGGAAAAUAUGAAAAGCAUUAAUGUAUCAUUUUCACUUCCACUAGUAUCUUUGCUAGACCCCUAAUCUCCAGUAGUUGUAAAGCUUUGGGUUAUGAAAAGGAACUCCUUGUCUCUGAAAUGGUAGAUAUUUUUUAUGAUAUGUUGCAAAACAAAAAGACAACUUUUUAGUUCAAAAGGAAACCAGCAUUUAUUAAGCCCUAGCUGUGUGCCAGGAUAGGAACUUUUAAGGAGUCCCAGAUCCCUUUGAGAAUUCAGAAAACCUAAAUAAAACAAGAAAGACAUUUUAAUUAUAAAAGAAUAAUCUCCAAAAAGUUUCUUCUCCUUUUCAACCUUUCAUGCUUUUAAUAUUUACUAUGUAAAUUGCCUAAGAACUUAAAAAAGAGGGAUAGCUUUUCAAUUUAUUUUAUGAAGCUAGCAUACCAAAGACACAAAAAAUGAUAGGCAAAUGUCUAACUUUAGAUUUUUGUCACAUAAGUGUAUGUGAGACUCUUAAAAUAAUUUACCAGAAAGUGUAAUUAAUCAGUGUCGUAUUUUUUCUUUAAAACCUCUCUUUUUUUUUUUUUUUUUUUUUUUUGAGAGGGAGUCUCGCUCUGUCCCCCAGGCUAGAGUGCAGUGGUGCGAUCUUGGCUCACUGCAAGCUCCGCCUCCCGAGUUCACACCAUUCUCCUGCCUCAGCCUCCCGAGUAGCUGGAACUACAGGUGCCCGCCAUCAUGCCUGGCUAAUUUUUUGUAUUUUUAGUAGAGAUGAGGUUUCACCGUGUUAGCCAGGAUGGUCUCAAUCUCCUGACCUUGUGAUCCGCCCACUUUGGCCUCCCAAAGUGUUGGGAUUACAGGCGUGAGCCCCUGCACCCGGCCUAAAACCUCUUUCUAAAGAGAAUUUGAGGCAAAUGCAACAGCAUAUUAAAACAAUAGAAUAGUAAAAAGUAAGGCUUAUCUUUAGAAUGCAAAGAACUCUACUCAUAUUCCUCCACAGUUAUAGAUGAAGGAAGUAAACUCAUAAGAUUAUCUCACUUGCUACCUGUAAAGUCAUAUAGUAAAACUCAGUAUUAUUUUGCAUGCCUGCUUCUGGCUAAAACAGACUAGCCAGUGUCAGACCAACCCUGCUGCCAAGAACUAAAAUGCUUAGGUAAAUAAUAAAAAGCAACUAUUUGAAGGUAUUGGAAGCUACUAGGGCAUUGAAGACUUUGAGGCCAAGAUCCCAGAGAGAAGGGAGGUCUAAAGAGGCAGAAUAAACAUUUGAUGCCACAUGACCUCUCAGAAGCAUUUACCAGCUUCAGUGCUAGGACUGAAAACCUGAACAAGCGGCUAAGUAGAGUUUUUAAUAGACGUUGGAGGCUGGGGUCACAAAAAUGGGAGUUCAGGGAUGACAGACCCUGGUAAGCAUUCCAGGCUUUUGGUCAGAACCACCCCUGUUACCCCCUAAAAACCCCAACUUUUUACCCUAGGUGUAUGGUAAACCUAGAAACUUUUCUGAAAUCCAGCCCUCACAAAACACAAAAACUUAGUUUUGAAUUGGCUGAAAUAGCUUAAAGUCAUUCACCCCUGCUCUUAAAUGCUUGUCAGAAGCAAAACUAAGUCCUCUCUGGAGGAAGGUAACAUUCACAGCCUCCGCUUAUCUCCACAAUUUUGUGCAUGCAAGAUUAACAUUCAGUCAAAAACUAGACAUAUAAAAAGAUAGGCGAUAAGGUUACCCACAGGAGAGCUAGAUAUUAGGGUUAUCAGACAUGGACCUUAAUGUAAUGUUGAUAAAUAUGUUUAGUAAAUUAAGUGACAAAUGGAGGGUUUCAGAAAAAACUGGACACUAUAAAAAAGUUAAAUGGAAAUUCUGAAAUUGAAAAGUACAAUAUAGGGUGACAAUAGUUUACAAUAAUCUAUUGUAUAUUUUAAAAUAGCUAGAAGAGAAGAAUUUGAAUUUUUUAACAUAAAGACAUUUAAGGCAAUGGAUAUCCCAAUUACACUGAUUUGAUCCUUACAAAUCAUAUGAAUGUACUAAAUUAUCACAUGUAUCCUGAAAAUAUGUGUAUCUGUUAUGUAUCAAUUAAAAAUUAAAAAGAAGAACUUUUAACAGUACAGUAACUCAAAUUAGGAAUUAAACAGGAGGGUUUAAUAGUAUUCUUAGCUGAAGAAGAAAUUAGUAAACUAGAAGAUAGAUCAGAAGACAAUGUCCAUACCAAAGCACAGAGAGACAAAAGGAUGGAAAAUGAAAAUAAAAAUAUGUAAGAGACAAAUGGGACACUGUUAAAAGUCUAAAGUACUUACAAUUGGAAUCUCAGAAGGAGAGGAGAAAGAAUAGAUCAGAAGCAAUAGUAAAAGACAUAAUGACUUGAGAAUCUUCCAAAACUAAUACAAACUUGCGUAUUUGAGAAUCACCAUAGCUCUAAGCAGAAUCAAUACCAAAAGACAAAAAUAAGGGGAAAAGAGAGGAAAAAUUGCCAAAACAAAGAAAAUCUUAAAAUCAGCCAAAGUAGGAAAAAGAUACAUUACCUUCAAAGGAGCGACAAUAAAGACUGACAGUCUACUUUGUGAAGAAAUGGAAAUCAAAAUACAGUGGAAUGAUGGCUUCAAAGUGUUGUAAGAAAAUAACUGCCAAUCUAGAAAUCUGUAUGAAGCAAAAAUAUCUUUCAAAAAUGAAGUGAGAAUAUAGAUAUUUUCAGACAGACAAAAAUUUGAGAGAGUUCAUCAUCAGCAGAUCCACACUAGAGGCACUAUAAAGAGGUAAAAGGAAAAUUAUCCCAGCUGGAAGCAUGGAGAUGCGGGAAGGAGUAAAGAGCACUGGAAAGGAUAGAUAGAUGAAUACAUCUAAAGUAAUGUGAACUGUGUAAAACAGUAAAAAUAUUGAUAGGUGCAGCAAACCACCAUGGCACACGUUUACCUAUGUAACAAACCUGCACAUGUACCUGGAAUUUAAAAAUUUUAAAAGUAAAAAUAAUAAAUGGCAACAGCAACCCAGAAAGCUGGAAGAGAGUUCUGAUGGGGGAAAAACACAGGUUAUUUUUCCUCGGCUCUCACUCUAUAGCAGUGAUCAUCACAGAGGACUUCUUUGACCAAAUGUGUGGAUUUCUCCCCACAUGCCAAUCAAGCAGUCAGUUCUGCAGUGGACACCAGCGGGGUCUCUCUCAACGCAGACUUCUGUAACCAAAUGUGAGGGUUUCUUGCCACACAUCAAACGAGCAAGGAGUUCUGCUGUGGACGUCAGGGAGAAAGAGCAAGAAACACAAGAAGAGGAACGUUUGAUGGAAGAAAAGAAAAAGAAAAAGCAGGAAGAAAAGAAAAAGAAGGAAGGUGCUCAGAAAAAGGCUGCUGAUCAAAAAACCAAAGUGCCAGAACCUACUAAGACCUGUUCAAGCCAGCCCCAACCUGCCGGUACCAGUACCAGUACUUCCACCAGCACUAUCUCCAGCAGCAACAAUGGCAAACGUUCAUGUGCCGGUGGCCAGCAGCCAGCUGCAUCCCGUUACCUGCCUCGUGAGGUGCCUCCACGCUUCCGCCAGCAAGAACAGAAGCAGCUAUUAAAGAGAGGCCAGCCAUUGCCUACGGGGACUCUAACCAGUGUGAGCCCAACCCAGGGUGCUGGGCCUGCAGGGGUAAGCCCACCUCCCCUACCUGGAGCCGGAACACAGCAUCAUCCCAGUAAGCUCCAACCAGAUCUCAGUCAUAGUGGAUUGGCAGAUCAUUAUGAAAAUUCCCACUGGGGACAGCAGCCUACUUACAGAAGCGAAGCCAACUGCAGCUGGGAUAAAGUGAUAAUAGAUAGGACUGACAAGGAGGCGUGGCCUUCCAUCACAGGAACAGAGACUGAAUCUGCCUCAGAAUGUACUACAGACACUGACUCUGCCUCCAACUGUGGCUCAGAGAACAGUAGCAUGGCUACAGGGAGUGCCCAGGGCAACUUCACUGGACAUACCAAGAAGACAAAUGGCAAUAAUGGCACCAAUGGCGCACUCGUCCAAAGCCCUUCUAAUCAGAGUGCCCUUGGAGCAGGGGGAGCGAACAGUAAUGGAAGUGCGACCAGAGUGUGGGGUGUAGCCACAGGCUCCAGCUCUGGCCUGGCUCACUGCUCUAUCAGUGGUGGGGAUGGAAAAAUGGACACUAUGAUUGGAGAUGGGAGAAGUCAGAAUUGCUGGGGUGCUUCCAACUCCAAUGCUGGCAUUAAUCUUAACCUUAAUCCUAAUGCCAACCCAGCUGCCUGGCCUGUACUUGGACAUGAAGGAACCGUGGCGACAGGCAACCCUUCCAGUAUUUGCAGUCCAGUCAGUGCCAUAGGUCAAAAUAUGGGCAACCAGAACGGGAACCCAACAGGCACUUUAGGUGCUUGGGGAAACUUGCUGCCGCAAGAGAGCACAGAACCACAAACGUCCACUUCUCAGAAUGUGUCUUUCAGCGCACAACCUCAGAACCUUAACACUGAUGGACCAAAUAACACUAACCCCAUGAACUCUUCACCCAACCCUAUCAAUGCAAUGCAGACAAAUGGACUGCCAAACUGGGGCAUGGCUGUUGGUAUGGGGGCCAUCAUCCCGCCCCACCUGCAAAGCCUUCCUGGUGCUAACGGAUCAUCAGUUUCUCAAGUCAGUGGGGGCAGUGCUGAAGGAAUAAGCAAUUCUGUAUGGGGACUGUCCCCAGGUAACCCUGCCACAGGAAAUAGCAAUUCUGGGUUCAGUCAGGGGAAUGGAGACACUGUGAACUCAGCAUUAAGUGCUAAACAAAACGGAUCCAGCAGUGCUGUGCAAAAGGAAGGAAAUGGAGGAAAUGCUUGGGAUUCAGGACCUCCUGCUGGUCCUGGAAUACUCGCCUGGGGAAGGGGCAGUGGCAACAAUGGCGUUGGUAAUAUCCAUUCGGGAGCUUGGGGCCACCCCAGCCGAAGCACCUCUAACGGUGUGAAUGGGGAAUGGGGAAAGCCCCCAAACCAGCAUUCCAAUAGUGACAUCAAUGGGAAAGGAUCAACAGGGUGGGAGAGUCCUAGUGUCACCAGCCAGAACCCUACCGUGCAGCCUGGUGGUGAACACAUGAACUCCUGGGCCAAAGCGGCAUCUUCUGGAACUACAGCAAGUGAAGGAAGUAGUGAUGGUUCUGGCAACCACAAUGAAGGAAGCACUGGGAGGGAAGGAACGGGAGAAGGUCGAAGGCGAGAUAAAGGGAUUAUAGACCAAGGGCAUAUCCAGUUGCCAAGGAAUGAUCUUGACCCAAGAGUUCUAUCUAAUACUGGUUGGGGACAGACUCCUGUAAAGCAAAACACUGCCUGGGAAUUUGAAGAAUCCCCUAGGUCUGAAAGGAAAAAUGACAAUGGGACAGAGGCCUGGGGUUGUGCAGCUACUCAGCCUUCAAACUCAGGGGGGAAGAACGAUGGGUCCAUCAUGAACAGUACAAAUACCUCUUCAGUAUCUGGGUGGGUCAAUGCGCCACCUGCCGCUGUGCCAGCAAACACAGGUUGGGGAGACAGCAACAACAAAGCGCCAAGUGGCCCGGGGGUUUGGGGGGACUCGAUAAGCUCUACUGCUGUUAGUACUGCUGCUGCUGCCAAGAGUGGCCAUGCUUGGAGUGGGGCCGCAAAUCAGGAGGACAAGUCACCCACCUGGGGUGAGCCUCCAAAGCCCAAAUCCCAACACUGGGGAGAUGGACAAAGAUCAAAUCCAGCCUGGAGUGCCGGAGGGGGAGAUUGGGCAGAUUCAUCAUCUGUCCUUGGACACUUGGGGGAUGGGAAAAAAAAUGGAUCUGGAUGGGAUGCUGACAGUAAUAGGUCAGGGUCUGGUUGGAAUGACACCACGAGGUCUGGGAGCAGUGGCUGGGGCAACAGCACAAAUACAAAGGCCAAUCCAGGUACAAACUGGGGGGAGACUUUAAAACCUGGCCCCCAACAGAACUGGGCUAGCAAACCCCAAGACAACAAUGUGAGUAACUGGGGAGGAGCUGCUUCUGUGAAACAGACAGGAACAGGGUGGAUCGGGGGGCCAGUACCAGUCAAACAGAAGGACAGCAGUGAGGCAACUGGCUGGGAAGAACCCUCUCCACCGUCCAUUCGCCGCAAAAUGGAAAUUGAUGAUGGUACCUCAGCUUGGGGGGACCCAAGCAACUAUAACAAUAAAACUGUAAACAUGUGGGAUAGAAACAACCCGGUCAUCCAGAGCAGUACCACGACCAAUACCACCACCACCACCACUACCACGAGCAACACCACACACAGGGUCGAGACGCCGCCACCGCACCAGGCCAAUACUCAGCUGAAUCGAUCACCAUUGCUCGGUCCAGGUAUGAAAGUUUCAUCAGGCUGGGGAGAAAUGCCUCAUGUUCACUCAAAGACUGAAAACUCUUGGGGAGAACCAUCCUCCCCUUCUCCCCUGGUGGAUAAUGGCACAGCAGCAUGGGGGAAGCCACCCAGCAGUGGUAGCGGGUGGGGAGAUCACCCUGCCGAACCGCCAGUGGCGUUUGGAAGAGCUGGCGCACCUGGUGCUGCCUCAGCCCUGUGCAAACCAGCUUCAAAAUCUAUGCAAGAAGGCUGGGGCAGUGGUGGGGAUGAAAUGAACCUCAGUACCAGCCAGUGGGAGGAUGAAGAAGGGGACGUGUGGAAUAAUGCUGCUUCCCAAGAAAGCACCUCCUCCUGCAGCUCCUGGGGGAAUGCCCCCAAAAAAGGACUUCAAAAGGGCAUGAAGACAUCUGGCAAGCAGGAUGAGGCCUGGAUCAUGAGCCGGCUGAUCAAACAACUCACAGACAUGGGCUUCCCGAGAGAGCCAGCCGAGGAGGCCUUGAAGAGUAACAAUAUGAAUCUUGAUCAGGCCAUGAGCGCUCUGCUGGAAAAGAAGGUGGACGUGGACAAGCGUGGGCUGGGAGUGACCGACCAUAAUGGAAUGGCCGCCAAGCCCCUCGGCUGCCGCCCGCCAAUCUCCAAAGAGUCUUCCAUGGACCGCCCCACCUUUCUUGACAAGCUCACCCUUUCUUUCUCCAAUCAGGAUGGCGGCCUCGUGGAAGAGCCCACGCCUUCACCGUUCUUGCCUUCCCCAAGCCUGAAGCUCCCCCUUUCACACAGUGCACUCCCCAGUCAGGCCCUGGGUGGGAUUGCCUCCGGGCUGGGCAUGCAAAACUUGAAUUCUUCUAGACAGAUACCGAGUGGCAAUCUGGGUAUGUUUGGCAAUAGUGGAGCAGCACAAGCCAGGACCAUGCAGCAGCCGCCACAGCCACCAGUGCAGCCUCUUAACUCUUCCCAGCCCAGUCUCCGUGCUCAAGUGCCUCAGUUUCUAUCCCCUCAGGUUCAAGCACAGCUUUUGCAGUUUGCAGCAAAAAACAUUGGUCUCAACCCUGCACUAUUAACCUCGCCAAUUAAUCCUCAGCAUAUGACGAUGUUGAACCAGCUCUAUCAGCUGCAGCUGGCAUACCAACGUUUACAAAUCCAGCAGCAGAUGUUACAGGCCCAGCGUAAUGUGUCCGGAUCCAUGAGACAACAGGAGCAGCAAGUUGCGCGCACAAUCACUAAUCUGCAGCAGCAGAUCCAGCAGCACCAGCGCCAGCUGGCCCAGGCCCUGCUCGUGAAGCAGCCACCACCGCCACCGCCCCCGCCGCACCUGUCUCUGCACCCCUCUGCAGGCAAAUCGGCCAUGGACAGCUUCCCCUCGCACCCGCAGACUCCCGGCCUACCUGACCUGCAGACCAAAGAGCAGCAGUCUUCACCCAACACCUUUGCUCCUUACCCUCUUGCUGGACUGAACCCAAACAUGAAUGUCAACAGCAUGGACAUGACCAGUGGCUUGUCGGUGAAGGACCCAUCCCAGUCCCAGUCACGCCUCCCCCAGUGGACGCACCCCAACUCCAUGGAUAACUUGCCCAGUGCCGCUUCCCCCCUGGAGCAGAACCCUAGCAAGCAUGGUGCUAUCCCUGGAGGUCUAAGCAUUGGGCCUCCAGGUAAGUCCUCCAUUGAUGACUCCUAUGGCCGGUACGAUUUAAUCCAGAACAGUGAGUCACCAGCCAGUCCUCCCGUAGCUGUUCCCCAUAGCUGGUCACGUGCCAAAUCUGACAGUGAUAAAAUCUCAAAUGGCUCUAGCAUCAACUGGCCCCCAGAAUUCCAUCCGGGAGUUCCAUGGAAAGGACUACAGAAUAUUGACCCUGAGAAUGACCCUGACGUCACUCCUGGCAGUGUCCCCACUGGGCCUACCAUCAAUACCACCAUCCAGGAUGUCAACCGCUACCUCCUCAAGAGUGGAGGGUCCUCCCCGCCAUCAUCUCAGAAUGCCACGCUGCCUUCCUCGAGUGCCUGGCCGCUCAGUGCCUCCGGCUACAGUAGCUCUUUCAGCAGCAUUGCAUCCGCACCUAGCGUUGCAGGUAAACUGUCAGACAUUAAAUCGACGUGGUCCUCUGGCCCUGCCUCCCACACGCAAGCCUCUCUGUCUCAUGAACUGUGGAAGGUGCCCAGAAACACUACUGCACCCACGAGGCCACCUCCAGGGUUAACCAAUCCCAAGCCCUCCUCCACCUGGGGUGCCAGCCCCCUCGGCUGGACCAGCUCCUACUCCUCAGGUUCUGCCUGGAGCACCGACGCCUCAGGAAGAACCAGCAGCUGGCUCGUUCUUCGAAACCUCACUCCCCAGAUUGAUGGUUCUACACUGCGGACAUUGUGUUUGCAACAUGGGCCUCUCAUCACAUUCCACCUGAAUCUGACUCAAGGCAAUGCCGUGGUCCGGUAUAGCUCCAAGGAGGAGGCUGCCAAGGCCCAGAAGUCUCUGCACAUGUGCGUCCUGGGAAACACUACCAUCCUGGCUGAGUUCGCUGGCGAAGAAGAAGUGAAUCGCUUCUUAGCCCAAGGCCAGGCGCUGCCACCCACCUCCAGCUGGCAGUCCAGUAGCGCGUCCAGCCAGCCGCGGCUCAGCGCAGCGGGCAGCUCCCAUGGCCUGGUGCGCAGCGACGCUGGCCACUGGAAUGCCCCAUGCCUGGGUGGCAAGGGGAGCAGUGAGCUGCUGUGGGGCGGGGUGCCCCAGUACUCCAGCAGCCUGUGGGGCCCGCCCAGCGCUGACGAUAGCAGGGUGAUCGGCAGCCCCACCCCUCUGACCACCCUGCUGCCUGGGGACCUGCUCAGCGGGGAGUCCCUGUAGGAGCUGCCAUCAUCAGCACCAGGAGAGCCGACCCUUCCCGGGACCCCUCCCAGAUGGGCGGCCCCACAGACCCGCUGGAACCCAGCAGCGGCCACCCUUUUGAGUACCUCUGUCCAGGACUGAAGACGAACCUUGGCCACAGUCCUUGCGAACUGUUCGCAAAACAGUGCGGGCUGCGGUGGGUCAGCGUCACAUGCUAAUGACAGGAUGUUCCUCGUAGCUUUUUAUUUUGUGUGUCUUAUGUUUGUAUAGUGUGUUGUCAUUUUGAUUUUUUUUUUUUAAAGUAUAAAAGCUGCUUAGAAUAGUUCUAUCAUGAAGGGCACUUUUCAGAUUGUGGGCUGGAAAGGGUUAUUUUAUCUGUGGGGGAGGGAGGGAGACGUGAAGCCUAUUUAAAAUGAGCCUGUGACGAUUAUGCACAUUACCAGAGGCGGCCGGUAAUCAGGGCAGAGUCUGGUGUGGACCGCCGGGCGCAGAGCGGCUCCACGGUAGGAGCUGAGCGGAAGGCGUGGGCUGCGAUCUGCUCUCUGUUCCCCUGGAUCCGCCUAUGCACAUUACCCUUGUUUCAUUACUUUUUCAUGUCAUUUUUUUAUCCCAAAAAAUAUUUUUUAAAAGUUAAAAAAAGACAUAUCAAACAUGCAAAUACUUGAAUCCAGCAGGCCAAUAGUGAAAUGUGAACACUUUCUAAUUCUACACUUCCAGGUUGACAUCAGUGCACAGAAACAGGCUCUAGGAAAAAUUUCUAAGUUCAUAGCCUCCAUGUGUGUGAAUGUGUGCGUGUUGAAACAGAAGUGUGUGUGUGUGCGUGUGUGGCGCGUGCUCCUGCACAGCGUGCAUUUUCUGUGUUUGUGUGUUUGAAAGCGUGUGAGGAUUUAACCGUGGGUUUUCCCUUGUAUUCAGUAUAUGCUUUUUUUUUUGGCGCAUUGGUCAAACGUUUGUUAUUAUUAGCUUCUAACUUUGCACUGAGUGUCCUCGCCCUUCCUUUAGCUAAUCCUAUACAUUACAGAGAAUUCCUAGGACAGGGCUGGCGACAAUUCAUGUGUAAAUGUUUACUCAAGGACUCUGUGACUGCGUUUAAAAAGUACAGUGUAUAUCUCUGGAGAAAUAAUAUGUAUACCUACCUUUAGCAGCUUUUUAUUGUGGACUAAUGCAAGAAAAUUAUUACCAGAGUAUUGCACCAUUUUUCCAUUUGGAAUAUAAAGUUAAAGAGAAAAAAAAAACUGUUGUUGAACUGUGGCCAUAGAUACUUGUAAAGAAUGGAUGGUUCCGUGGAAGGAACAGAAACAAGCACUUGGGCGUGGGUUGUGACUGCUUUUGGGGGAGCCUGGGGUUUGGGCUCCCACCUGUUUACAGACCUUUUUUUCUCCUUCAGACUUUAAAAUUUUAAAAAUUUAAAAAGGAAUUAAAAAAAAAAAAAAGACUUCCGUCGUAAAGAAACCUAUUUUCAGAAUGCAGAUGCGCUCCUUCAGAGCUCUGGGACGGGACGGCGUUGUUCCCUCGGCCAUCGUCGUGGACUCUGUCGAUUGCUUUCGCCCCUUCGUCAAGGUGACAGGCGUUGUGGCCACUGUCUUGCACAUGCCGGACGCGCUCUCAGGAAAGCCAGGGCUCCCGAGGGCAGCUCCACACCAUUUCAUGUAUUUUUAAACCCAACUCCUAGCACUGAAGAUGUUAUUUAAAAAAAAAAAAAAAACCAACAAAAAAAUGAAAAAAAAGAAAAAGAGGAAAAAAAAAUCACAAAGAAGAAAAAUACCUAAUCUCUAAUGUGUAGCAGUUACAUAUUUACCAAAUAAUGGACUCAAAAGAAAUAGAUGUUUGAAGAGUGCUUUAUAUAUUAAAAAUUGCUUUAUGUUUUAAAAAUGAUCAAUGUUUUGAUUGUUUUGCAAGGAAGAAAGACAAUGGAAUAACAUACCCUCAAGUAUGUUUUAAAAUAUAUAUAUAUGAACAUUGUGCUCCCUGCCUGCUUGAUCAGGAAACUUGUGCAUUACAUUUUUUUUAAUUAGCUUUUUAAUGGUUUUAUCAAAACAAAAAAAAAUACAAAAAAAAAAAGUCCUGCAAGAUUGCAGAUCCACAAAAGCUGGUUUUAUAGAGGAUCAUGAACUAUGCACAAACUGGGUUCAAGACUUUUUUUCUCAAGUUUAGUAGGAUAUUUAGCAAAACCAACCUUCCUCAGAGUGACUGCAUCUCAUUGCCAUUACAUGCGUUCUAUAUAUUUGAUGGACAUACACACCUGCGUAUGUAUAUCCAAUAUGUGUGCGUGUGAGCGUGCGUGUGCGUUAUGUGCACCCGACAUACCACUUCCCGUGCUGCCGGCGAGCAUUGAGUUGUAGAAAAACUCCUGUUGUUUUAAAAUUGGGGAUGGAAGUCAAGAAUAUGUUUGUUUGUUUUUGGGUUUUGUUGGGUUUGUUUGAGGUUUUUUUUGUUUUUUUGUUUGUUUUGUUUUGGGGUUUUUUGACCUUUUAUUUUGAACUUAGUAUGUCUGUAACUCUGAGAUUAAAAAACAAGUUUGUGGCUCUUAAUGUUUUCCUCAUAGAAUGUGAUUGUUGAAGAACAUGCAUCGAAAGUUGCUUUCGAAAGUACAACGCUUUAUUGAAUCUUAAUAAAUUGCAAUUUUUUUUCUUGGCUGUUCAAA